CCAAAAACCAAACUCUACCGUUCAUCCUCAAUCUUUCCUUUUUUAUCUUCAUUUCGCUGUUUCUUCGCAUUUGUAGCAGCCUUGGGAAGACCGGAAGAACGUACCAUGGUGACCAAAAACUCGAUUGAGUUCGAUUGUUACAUCGAGCGCAAAGCUUUUGACGAGACAAAAGAAGGUGUCAAAGGGAUCGUAGACGCUAAAAUAACCCAAAUCCCUCGUAUCUUCCACCACCCUCAAGAUGCCUUAACUGACAAGAAACCCUCUGUCUCUAUUUCAGACCUAGAGAUCCCUAUCAUCGAUUUUGCAAGCGUCCACGUGGACAAAACGUCACGAGAGGCCGUCGUAGAGAAAGUCAGAUCCGCAGCGGAGACUUGGGGAUUCUUCCAAGUGGUCAAUCAUGGUGUUCCUUUAAACGUUCUUGAAGAGAUUAAAGAUGCAGUUCGUAGGUUUCACGAGGAUGAUCCUGAAGUCAAGAAAUUAUACUUCUCACGUGAUGCCGCCAAGAAGAAGUUUUUCUACAACAGUAAUUUCGAUUUAUACAGUUCUUCGUCGUCUGUCAACUGGAGAGAUUCUAUCGAAUGUUACAUAGCUCCAGAUCCUCCGGCUCCUGAAGAGCUCCCUGAGACUUGCAGGGAUGCUAUGUUCGAAUACUCAAAGCAUGUGCUGAGUUUAGGUGGUUUGCUCUUUGAGCUUCUCUCUGAAGCACUAGGUUUGAAAUCUGAGACCCUCAAGUGUAUGGAUUGCCUGAAAACUUUGCUUAUGAUCUGUCACUAUUACCCACCUUGUCCACAACCUGACCUAACUUUAGGGAUAAGUAAACACUCAGACAACUCCUUCCUCACGGUGCUUCUUCAAGACAACAUUGGUGGUCUUCAAAUCCUUCAUCAAGACUCUUGGGUCGAUGUCUCUCCCCAUCCCGGAGCUCUUGUUAUCAACAUCGGAGAUUUCUUGCAGCUUAUAACGAACGAUAAGUUUGUAAGUGUGGAGCAUAGAGUUCUUGCCAGUAGACAAGGACCAAGGAUUUCAGUAGCUAGCUUUUUCAGCUCAAGUGUACGUGAGAACUCAACAGUUUAUGGACCGAUGAAAGAGCUUGUGUCAGAAGUAAACCCUCCGAAGUACAGAGACACAACCAUAAUAGAGUACUCAAAAGGAUUAUUUGAGAAAGGUCUCGAUGGAACAUCGCAUCUGUCUACUCUCAGGAUAUGAACAGUUACACUAUUUCUGGCUCUGCAAUAAUUAAACCAGUGUACCAAAAGUAAGAAAAAAAGAAGCGUGUGUCUGAGUGUAUAAAUGUAUAUUUGUGUAUGUUAAGCUACUCUAUUACAUAAACAAAUAAAUCCAUCUUUUGAUGUGA